AUGACUCAGGCGAACCCGAAGAAGAAGCCCUUGGUAACGGUGCACCCGCACCGACCUGCAAACCGCCCCCCGCUCAUCGCACCCCGUACUGACGAGAACGUCGAGACCAAGGGUCCCGACGUGUCUCACUUGGGUCCACCAAAGGCCCCAGGCGCACCACCUACCCGAGUACUGCCCCGGAUCCGGAGCAUCGAAACGAGACCGACCCGAGGCCGAAACACCCUCAUCGAGGGACCUCCGAGAGCCACGCUACCUCAGCCAGCCCACGACACGCCGGCCUCACCUAACAAGUUGGCGACACCUAACGGGUUGACAGCCCUCUCCGCCGGACCUUCAGUGAGUUUAGGCCAACCACUUGUUCAAGGGACACCCCAGGUUAGGAAUGUCGAAGUGAGGCCAACCCGAAGCUCGGUUGCGCCCGUCGAGGGACCUCCGAACGUCACACUUCCACCACCGGCCCUACGAGUGUUGACCCCGCUCGAGGUUCUAGCAGCGGACCUAGCCCUGUCAUCCGACAGCGACGACGACGACGUCAUCAGGUUGGAUCCUGGCUCACCAAUCGGCCGGUCGCCAUCACCGGAAAUAAUUGAGUUGGCCUAUUUUCCGUGCCCCUCUGGGCCCUCGCCAUCAAUUCCUAAACGGGCUUUGGACCUGCCCAUCCUAGUGGACGAAGGGACCGAUAAGGAGAAUCAGCGACCUCGAUCCCUGUUGGGUUACACCAUCCCCAGGAGGACCGACUCCGUGCAGCCGACCGACGGCUCCCCAGUUUCUUCCCGAGGCGGACCAUCAUCGAUUUCUAAACGGGCUCUGGACUUACCCGUUUUGCUGGACGAAGAAAACCCCAAAUCACGGAGCAGAAUCACCACCCAGCGAACAAAUCGCUCCGCCCCCGUGCAGAAAAACACCGCAUUUGAGCGGUUAAAAAGGCUCGCUGGACGAGCACCACCGGCACGACCAAGGACGACUCGACAUCGAAAAUCAUGCUCCGCUCCCCAGCAACCUCACCAGCGCGGCGUCGUGGUAGACCACGACGAGGCGACAACACUGUUUCCGAAUUUCAGGAACAAAAUUCGGUGGCGUCCAAUAAUAACACACACAGAGCAACCACCACUUCCUUACGAAACAAUCACCGUAAACGUAAGGAGCCGUUCGGUUCCCGAAGGAACGGAAGAACGAGCCAUCUCCAACAAUCACGCCAUGAGAAUCUCACGUAGAGACCUUAUAGAGGCUGGACCUAGCCGAAACGUCCAUCCUACAACUCAUACCCAAGAACGACCUGUUGUUGUGACAUCAGCACCCUCUGCGAGGACAGCGGGGCGCCCAACAGACGUCGGGAUUAAUAACGCUCCAACAAUCUCCUCUGCGGCGAUUCCGCUCUCCGACCUUCGAGCCUUCAUUAGGGCCAUUCGGACACCCGAAGUGUCUAAACCCGCUUCCUCGGGAGCCGACCAUGAAGAUCCUAAAGCGUUCAUCGGAGAAUGCGAAAGUUACUUCCAGGAAACUGGGAGCAAUCCGGGCUUAUGGGCCAAGGUGGCUACCGGAUUUCUCACCGAGGCCGCGCGAAAAUAUCUCCUUUCACUUCGGCUGAAUCCGGAUUCCGGGGAGGAAGAAACUAUAACGCUCCUUUUGGAAUCUGUAAAACCCUCAAUCAAAAAAGUACUACGCGCAGUAGCCUUCAAUUCAUUCGAGGAAUUGUUUGAGAGAGCCGUGCAAGUCGAAGCAAUCGAAGCAGAAGAACUCCAUUCUAAACCUGCUCCGAAACCUAAGAGCACCAGUACCAACAACAAUAACACAACACCAGCUGCAAAUCCAGAGACAUCCGCCACCUGUCAAACCAAGCCUCCCCCGAUGUGUCACUUUUGCCCCGAACGCCAUUUUCAUCGAGACUGCCCCGUGCUGAAAGCCAAUCGAGAAAACCAGUUGUCGGGAAACUGGCGAGAGAGAGAGGCAGAUCGCAACGCAACUACCGCCCCAGCUACGAACUCCCCACCCCGACAAUAA